AUGUCGGGUGAAGCACGCGCAGGCCCCGGUUUGGGGGACCUCGAAAACGAACUCACUUGCUCGAUCUGUACGGAACUGCUGUACCAACCUCUCACUCUCCUCGACUGUCUUCACACCUUCUGUGGCUCAUGUUUGAAAGAAUGGUUCUUCGUCCAAGGUACCCGACGCCGGUCGUCCAGAUCCGCCCCAAAAUUCACCUGUCCGUCUUGUCGCGCCGCCGUUCGUGAAACUCGACCCAACGCCACUGUGACUACGCUGCUGGAUAUUGUUCUGGCGUCGAAUCCGAGCCAGGCGAAGUCUACGCAAGAAAAAGAGGAAAUUGCGCAGAAGUAUAAACCGGGAGAUUCGGUGUUCCCCAGGGAUGAUACGGGGGAGGAGGAUGAGGAGGAUGGGCGGGUGCUGGAUGAGGUGCGGCAGCUGAGUCUUCAGGAAGGUCGGUCGCGGACGAGAGAGCAGCGCCAUCGAGCACCACAUUCAUCGAGAGCUCGCCGUGCAGAGCGUUCGGAUCACGAUUCGCGAAGAGAUGAUGGUCGUUCCCGCCGGCGACGAGACGAUGAUCGGUCGACUCGGCGACAGGCUCAUGAGCGCGCUGCUCGACAGACCGAAGAAGUAGCAGAGCAAUCGAGACGGAUUGAGCACCAAUCUAGUCUGAGGUCUCUCCUGAGUCUCUCGGAUGCUGAGACUAUGGAGGAGGAGAUUCUGCGACAGAUCCUGGAGGAGGGAUUGCUGGACGAUAUUGAUCUGGAUCAUCUUGGGCCCGGGCAGGAAGAGGAGUUGAGCGAGCGAAUCGCAGACGCAUAUCGUCGGAGACACAGACUACGCUCUCGCUCACGGCAACGACAAGAGACGAGGGGAGCAUCGCAUUCAUCUGACCGUCCUCGUGCUAGAUCGCAUUCAAUGCAACGGCCUACGACUGGACCGCCACCACGCGACACCUCGAGAGGCCCUCCGGUGUCUAGACCGUAUCUGCUUGACCCACUUGUGACUCGUCCAGGGCCAUCAACCCACCAGAGACAUACAUCUGAGCAAGGGAGCGGCCGCCGGAGGACGUCACUCAGUCCUGCCCACCCAGCAUCCUCGUCCGAGGUGAAUUUACGACCAACUACAAGGUCUUCCAGUGACAUGACUUCCGAGCGUCCGCGUGCACCUCAAGCGGCUACUAGGACGCCAGAACCGUCGACAAGGAGAAGACGCGCAACUGAGUCUGGACGGGAUUCACCGCACGUGUGGACUCAAGGGACCAGAGAACGCGGUUCUUCAGUGGCCCGGUUGACGAACUCACCUACGGUUGCGUCUCCAUUGUCGAAUGUUCCGCAGACACCUGUCCAUUCCACUAUAUCUGUGGUUGAUGGGUCAGUGAGCCACAGUCGCCCCAGAGCACGCUCGCGAUCGAAUGCUGCCCCACCCUCUUACGUUGAACCUUCGAUUAUCUGUAACGGAUGCGGGAAACCGGACAUCCAGUAUGAACUUCACAAAACAUGCACUAAGUGCAAUGACGGAGACUACCACCUCUGUCUCCGUUGCUAUCGCACAGGACGAGGCUGUCAAAACUGGGCCGGUUUUGGUCUAUCAGCCAACACCAGUUUCGAGCGGAUCCUCGCCAUGUCCAACAACGAAGCAAUCGCGGAACAUGAAACUCCCCACAUCUUCACAUCUUCCAAAUACAAACAACCUGCAAGACCACGUCGAGCUACAAAUAACGAUGAUAGACAAAUAAUUAGCGACGAUCCUGCGCGAAGAUUACAAACCGGCCUUUUCUGCGACAUCUGUAGCUCAGAAGCCAACGACACAUUCUGGAAAUGCGACGAAUGCAACGAAGGCGACUGGGGCUUCUGCAAUACCUGCGUCAACCAAGGAAAAUGCUGCACCCACGCCCUUCUACCAAUAUGUCGCAUCUCGUCAUCUAGCGAUGAAACCCCAACCGAAACCUUCAAAAUUCUCUCCUUUGCCACAAACUGCGAUAUCUGCACACACCCCAUCCCCGCCUCCACAACCCGCUUCCACUGCCUCGUCUGCAACGACGGCGACUACGACAUCUGCACAAACUGCUACCUGAAACUCGGCGUGACGGGGAAAAUCAGUAAAGAAAAUGGCCACAAUGGCUGGCGAAGGUGUGUCAAGGGCCAUCGGAUGGUUGUGGUAGGCUUUGAAGAGCACGAGGAGGGACAGAGGAGGGUUGUCGUGAGGAAUCUUGUUGGCGGACGGGCGUUGAAAGAUGAACAUGUCAAUUAUCAGGCGACGGCUUCGUCAGUCUCUUCGGCACAUGCAUCUGCCACCACUGCUCCCACUGCUGGUACCACCACACCAACCCCCGAAGUCGGGACCGGUGACUGGAGCUGGAAAGAAGGCGCCGAACGCCGCAAAAAAGCCUCUCGCACACGGACACCAUGGACAAACCCCAACGCCUCCGAACCAGCGCUCCCAUCCCCAUCCACACCCGUUCAAUCCAGCACCCGCCGCUUCCCACCUGACGGUGGCGUGGGCGUCAUCGCACAAGCGCUGUGGAGCUGGUACCCCGAGGACGGCGUUCAAGAUGAACUGAUGUUUCCGCGGGGCGCAGAGAUCACGGAAGGGGAGAAUAUUAAUGAUGAUUGGUUUUGGGGGUGUUAUGCGGGGGCGACGGGGUUGUUUCCGGGGUCGCAUGUUAGGGUUCUGGGGGAGGUUGUUUAG